CGCAGGCUGGCGCACGCCGUCCGCCUGCUCCUGGAGUACACGGACUCGCACUACGAGGAGAAGAAGUACACGAUGGGGGACGCUUCCGACUAUGACAGAAGCCAGUGGCUGAAUGAAAAAUUCAAGCUGGGUCUGGACUUCCCCAAUCUGCCCUACUUAAUUGAUGGGGCUCACAAGAUCACCCAGAGCAAUGCCAUCCUUCGCUACAUUGCUCGCAAACACAACCUCUGUGGGGAGAUGGAAGAGGAGAAGAUUCGUGUGGACAUUUUGGAGAAUGAGGUUAUGGACACCCGCAUAUACUUUGCCAGGAUCUGCUACAGCCCUGAUUUUGAGAAACUGAAGCCUGAGUACGUGAAGGCAAUCCCUGACAAGAUGAAGCUCUACUCACAGUCUCUGGGGAAGAGGCCUUGGUUUGCAGGGGAGAAGCUCACCUACGUGGAUUUCCUGGUUUACGACAUCCUUGACCCGCACCGCAUAUUUGAGCCCACUUCCCUGGACGUGUUCCCAAACCUGAAGGAGUUCAUGGCUCGCUUUGAGGGCUUGAAGAACAUAUCUGCCUACAUGAAGUCUAGCCGCUUAGUCCCAGGCCCUCUGUUUCUAAAGAUUGCCAUGUGGGGCAACAAGUGGGGGGGGGGGCAUAGGAGGAGAUGCCAGCAAGGAGCUGGAGCUGUGCUUGCUCCAUGUACCAGAACAGGUGUCCUGCUUUUUCCCCUUUGUUACAUUUUUUUUUUUGUCCCCAUGAAAUACCUAUUGACUCCUUUUUCUCCUUCCCAACCCUAUUUUCAUCAAUGGCCUUUGAUGUCAGCUCUCCACUUCAGCAAUUUUCCUCCUCCCCCAGUGUUACCCCUCCUGCGCUAAAGCCAACCAGAUCAU